AUGCCAAAAUCGACGCUACCGAUGGUCGCAGAGCUCCUGGCACUCACUGCUUCCUCUUAUGUGGUAUCGCAAGGCCUUAAGUCGUACAUGAAUGAAAAACCGUUUCUCGAUGUAUUCGACGUUCCUGUCUUUAUUGACGUCCUCCUGUACAACGUAUUCAAAGUUCCAGCACACAUGGCGUGGAACGUCUUUCUCGACGAUAUGUUCGAUCCGAAAAAGCCUUCUCCAAAGAAGAAUGAAAAGGAUGAAAAAGAUAAUAUUGCCCGAGUCCCUAAACCACCCACAAAAAUUGCAUGGAAGUCUGUUCUGGUAAAACUUUUCUUCAACCAAACGCUUUGGAGCGGGCUUGUCAACGCUUCGGUUAUUGCUUUCAUGUCCUUUAGACGGCGGACUAGGGCAGGGACAAUGAGCUACGAAGAUGUGUACGGCGACCUUCAACGAGGGUUUUGGCCAUUAUAUAAAGAUGCUUUGAAAGUUUGGCCGUUGAUCAACAUGGUCGCGCUCGUGGCUUUCGAUGCCAUGCCCAGAAUGAGAUUCUUGACUAUCGCCAACUUUUUCUGGAGCGUGUAUCUUAUCUUGGUGGUUACCUAG